UGAAUUUCUCUAUCGUCUUCUACGAACAGUAGCCGAUGCGGAUAUUGUCCGGGAACUCGUCGACGAGCCUGAAACUAUCCAGCCCGAGUUCACAAAUCUUUUCGAGCUGACUGACAGCGGUCGCAUGCUGAAAUCGGAUCAUUCAUCGGCAACACGAGAUCUCGUUCGAUAUGUAUUUGGCUCCGGUUCUGGCUUCCAACUGUCAUCGCCCUAUUUGCCAUCGUUAAUUCGCCAAGGCUAUGCAAACGGCACCGGUCUUCAGCAGGCAAUAGGCUCGGCGAACAUGUUUGAACACUUGAUCAAGCCUGAGAACAGCGAGCUAUUGGCGCUGUUCAAUGGGCGGAUGACGGCCGAUUCAACACAGUCGGCACACAUGAUAGGAUCAGCAGUAGACUUUGCGCGUUUCACUACGCUGACAGAUAUAGGCGGUAAUCUGGGUACAGUGCUCGCCGUCAUACUUCUGCAACAUGACGGCAUUCGGCGGGGAAUCGUGUUUGAUCUCAAAAAUGUUAUUGAACGCGCCACGAAAAAGGUGCCGAAUGAAUUUGAACGAAUGGUGGUGGACAAUAACCGCUAUCAGUUCAUGGCAGGUGACAUGUUCGAUUCGACGACAAUUCCCAGUUCGGACGCAUACUUGCUGAAGAAUAUUCUCCACGACUGGAGCGAUUCUCAAUGCAUUGAUAUACUUAAGUCAAUACGCGAUGCAGCAAACAAUAGCACAUCAUCAUUACUCAUUGUCGAAAAUGUGAUUCGACCUUCGACUGCUGAUCAGCGUUUGGACAAUUGGCGUGCGCACGCCCUCGACAUCUGUAUGAUGUGUGCAUUCGGCGGCAAAGAGCGAACACUACAUCAGUAUGAAUAUUUGUUGAAAAAGAGUGGCUUUGAACUCAAACAGUUGCAUCUAACAGCGGGGCCCAUGUCAAUUAUUGAAGCAACGAGGUUGAAGUCAUGA